GACACAAUUAAUGUCGUAGGCGCUAGGAACAAUCUCACACGUGUCAAACAAAUGUUUUAUUCGGAAUUUAAUGACGGGAUUCAUUGAAACUAAUGGCAUUUAGUGUCACCCGGUGUUCCCGCGGAAAUGUCAACAUCAACAGAAAUGGAAAGCUCGAGUUUGGUAUACAUACUGGAUGCUAAAAUUCAGAAACAACGCUUGAAAGAUAUGAAAAAUUCUGCAUCCAAAAGAAAAAUAAAAGUUACAGACACAUUUAGCAUAGGAGUUACUCACCUUGUAACUGAGUUUAAGGAGUAUGAUCAAGUUCUAAGGAAACUGGAUCUAACAAAUCAGUCCAGUCUUGAUGGCAUAGAAGUUGUUACAUUGCAAUGGUUUGCUGACUGUAUAAGAGCUGGGAAAGUGGUUGAUGUGGAACAAAAACACAGACUACAGAGGGCUGUAACUCAAAGAAAUGAAGAGGUUCAAAGACCAAGCCAGUCAUCAGGUUUACCAGAAUAUGCCUGUCAAAGAGCCACUCCAUUACAGCAUAUGAAUGAAAAGUACACAAAAGCAUUAGAAGUGUUGGAGAAGUAUGCUGACUUGCGUGAAAGUGACCAUGAUUAUUCCAGGGCGCUAGCCUUCAGGAGAGCAUCAUGUGUGUUGAAGUCGUUACCUUUUGCUUUAUCUAGUAUACAACAGUUACGCAAUAUCACAAAUAUUGGAGACCAUAGUAAACGAGUAGUACAGGAAAUACUAGAAGAUGGAGAGUGUCCAGAAGUUGAAAAUAUUUUGAAGGAUCCAUGGUUUCAUAAAAUGAAGCUGUUCACAGAAAUAUUUGGUAUUGGACCAUCAACUGCCAAACAAUUCAUAGCUAAAGGCUGGAGUACAAUGAACGAGGUCAGGAAUGGUCAUAAGACAGCUGAUUGGAGAGUACAAUGGGGUCUUGCUUUCCAUGAGGAUCUUAUAACACCUGUUGUAAGGCAGGAAGCUUGUUAUAUCUAUGAACUUGUCCUCAAACAUCUGAGAAAAGUUCUCCCAGGGGCCAUAGCAACAGUCACUGGAGGAUUCAGGAGAGGUAAAGCCAGUGGACAUGAUGUAGAUAUACUAAUCACCCAUCCAACAGAAGACAAGGUAACCGGAGUAUUAUCAAGACUGUUACACAGUCUGGAAGCCACGGACACGAUUCUUCACGGUCGCCAUGAACGUAGCACAUACACCGAUGAUGUGAUAUCACUAAAUACUAAACUCAGCACAAGAGGACAGUUGGACCACUUUGAGAAGUGGAUUGGUAUCAUAAAAGUUCCGAAGAAAAUAAAAGCAUUCUCUGAUAGUGAUAGAAAUGGUGUAGUUCGUAAUGUUAAUGAAGGUCCAGUGACUGAUAAAUCUAGAAAACUAGGUAACAGAGCUAAUAGGCUAGUUAAUGAAAAUACAGAUGUAAGUGAAAAAGAUUAUGGCACUAUAACACAUUCUACUUCAGUAAUUUAUUCAAGGAAUGGGGCUAGCGAAAAUGCAUGUAAUGUGAUGAAUUUAGAAAAUGAAGAAAAUUUAGAAAAUGAUGUUUCUCUUGACGAAGUAAGAAAUGAGCAGGUGGCAUCUUUAGAAGAAAGUGUAGAUGUUUCAGAGUUAAGGUCGGUACAAGGUGAAAGGUCACAUGACCAAACUCCGGCUGAACUUGCUGAAGGGGAAAGAGACUGGAUUGCGAGGAGGGUUGACCUGAUUGUAGCGCCAUACAGUCAAUAUUACUAUGCAUUGGUUGGAUGGACGGGUAGCAAACAGUUUAACAGAGAUGCUAGAACUUAUUCUGAUAGAAAACUCAAUAUGAUGUUAACAAGUCAUGGCCUGUAUGAUAAAAC